AUGUCUGCUUUAUUGAAAGAAACUUUUGCUAGGUGUAAAAAAGAGGGACGAAAUGCUUUGGUCAACUUCAUUACUGCUGGUUACCCUACUAUUGAGGACACAGUUCCAAUCUUGAAGAGCAUGCAAGAUGCCGGUGUAGACAUCAUUGAAUUGGGUAUCCCAUUCUCCGACCCAAUUGCUGAUGGUCCAACCAUCCAAGCUGCUAAUAAUGUCGCGUUGGACAACGGAAUCACCGUCCCAAAGUGCUUGGACUUGGUCAAGCAAGCAAGAGAACAAGGUGUCACUGUUCCAAUCAUAUUGAUGGGUUACUACAAUCCAAUCUUAAAGUACGGUGAAAUCAAGUUGAUUGAGGACUCUGCAAGGGUAGGUGCUAACGGUUUCAUUGUCGUCGACUUGCCUCCUGAGGAAGCCAUCAAGUUCAGAUCGUCUUGUGCACGUUAUGGAUUGUCUUAUGUUCCUUUGGUUGCCCCUGCCACUACUGAUGAAAGAUUGAAGGUCUUGGGAGAAAUCGCAGAUUCCUUUAUCUACGUAGUUUCUAAGAUGGGUACCACUGGUGCUUCCAAAUCUGUUUCUUCCGGUAUCACUGAGUUGUGUGCUAGAGUUAGAAAAUUUGCCGGCUCUACCCCAAUUGCCGUAGGUUUCGGUGUGUCUACAAGAGAGCAUUUCUUAACUGUUGGUGAGAGCGCUGAUGGUGUGGUUAUUGGUUCUAGAAUCGUGACCUUAAUUGGUGAAUCUAAGCCAGGUGAAAGAGGUGUGACCGCUUACAAGUAUGUCAAAUCCAUUUUAGGUGAAGGCUUUUCCGUCAAUGCGCCAACUUCUUUCUCUCGGGCUGUAGUUAUAGAUGGAACUGAAACUAAGCCAGUUCUUGAAGAGGACCACAAGUUCAACCCAAAAUUUGGUGAAUUUGGUGGUCAAUAUGUUCCUGAAGCAUUGCACACUUGUUUGGCUGAAUUGGAGAAAGGAUUUGAAAGCGCAGUUGCUGAUCCCGAGUUCUGGAAGGAAUUCAAGGACUUGUACUCUUACAUUGGAAGACCAUCUUCUUUGCAUAGGGCCGAAAGAUUGACUGAAUAUGCCGGAGGCGCUCAGAUCUGGUUGAAGAGAGAAGAUUUGAACCAUACUGGUUCUCACAAGAUCAACAAUGCCUUGGCUCAAGUGUUAAUUGCUAAGAGAUUAGGUAAGAAGAAGAUUAUUGCUGAGACUGGUGCUGGUCAGCAUGGUGUUGCUACUGCUACUGCAUGUGCUAAGUUUGGAUUGGAAUGUACCGUUUUCAUGGGAGCCGAAGAUGUAAGACGUCAAGCCUUGAAUGUGUUCAGAAUGAGAAUCUUGGGUGCAAAGGUUGUUGCUGUCACUAAUGGUACCCAAACAUUGAGAGAUGCGACUUCUGAAGCCUUCAGAUUCUGGGUAUCAAACUUAGAGUCAACGCACUAUGUUGUCGGUUCAGCAAUUGGACCACAUCCAUACCCAACCUUGGUUAGAACCUUCCAAAGUGUUAUUGGUCAAGAAACCAAAGAGCAGUUUAAGACUUUAAACGGCGGUAAGUUACCAAACGCCGUUGUUGCUUGUGUCGGCGGUGGUUCGAACUCCACUGGUAUGUUCUCUCCUUUUGAACACGAUACUGAAGUCAAAAUGUUAGGUGUCGAAGCUGGUGGUGACGGCUUAGACACUGAUCGCCAUUCUGCAACUUUGACGGCAGGUAUUCCAGGUGUGUUCCAUGGUGUCAAAACUUACGUUCUUCAGGACAGUGAUGGACAGGUUCAUGACACUCAUUCAGUUUCUGCGGGUUUAGACUAUCCUGGCGUAGGUCCAGAAUUGGCAUUUUGGAAGAGCACUGGUCGUGCUGACUUCGUUGCUGCUACAGAUGCUCAGGCAUUGAUCGGAUUUAAAUUAUUGUCCCAAUUGGAGGGUAUAAUUCCAGCUUUGGAGUCUUCUCACGCUAUUUAUGGUGGUGUUGAGUUGGCUAAGACUAUGCCAAAGGAUCAACACAUUGUUAUCAAUGUUUCAGGACGUGGUGACAAGGAUGUGCAAAGUGUUGCCGAAGUUUUACCGAAGUUAGGCGAGCAGAUUGGCUGGGACUUGAGAUUCGAAGCCGAUCCUACGAAGUAAGUUUAGUUAAUACUAAGAAAUUCUAUAUUUUUUAUAACCUCUAAUAACAAUGCUUGGAUGAUUUUACAAUUCUUCAGCCAUGUUCAUGAUUAACAAGAUUGUUGAUGUCCAACCCAAG